AGCCAACGAUUAAGUUGAAAAAAAAAAGAAAAAAGAAGCCCCUCCUAGAUUAUGACCGUUUCGGAAGUGUUGUUUUUUUUCCCCACUGAUGAUAAAUAGGGACGUCUCCGAGCAGCCUAUCAGAUUCCGGGAUGCUAUACGCAUCAAAAUGAAACGAACGCCAGUUCUUUCCCUAAUCCCAGUCUAUCCUUUUUAUCUCGGGACUCGCAGCAGUCCUAUCACUAUGGGACAGCAAAGCGGUGGAACAAAGCCAUGCGGGCCAUAGUCCUUCAUAUGAGAGAGAAAAAACUGGUCUGUUUGAUUUAAGCGAGGCGCAAACGGGGCGCAUAGGCACACUGCGUAUGCGUAAAAGUGGGCCAAGAUGUUCCUCGUCCUGCUCCUGGGGCUCUGCGUGGCCACGCUGGUACUUUUCUCCCCAGUGAGCUCAUGCCCUUCGCAGUGCAGCUGUUUUUACCAUAAUUUGAGUGACGGAUCCAAGGCCAGGAGCGUGAUAUGCAAUGAUCCUGACAUAUCUCUCGUGCCAGUCGGGUUCCCUGUCGACACAUCCAAACUGCGGAUUGAGAAAACAGCCAUCCAGCAGAUCCCAAACGAAGCCUUCAGCUACCUCUCCAGUUUGGAAUUCCUCUGGAUGUCUUUCAACACCCUGUCGGCUCUGAGCCCGGAAGGCUUUCGGGGACUGUUCAACCUGGAAGAGCUUCGUCUGGACGGGAAUGCCCUCACUGCCUUUCCCUGGGAGUCUCUCAUGGACAUGCCCAGCCUCAGACUUCUUGAUUUGCACAACAACCAACUCACCUCGCUGCCCGCGGAAGCCACCACUUACAUUAAGAACCUCACCUACCUGGACCUGUCCAGUAACAGCCUGCUGACCCUGCCGGUGGAGGUGCUGACCAAUUGGCUGGCUGUGAAGCCCACGCUUGGCCCAGAGAGCUCCAAGAUGAUACUUGGCCUCCAUGACAACCCCUGGGUGUGUGACUGCCGGCUCUAUGACCUGGUCCAGUUCCAGAAGUCUCCCACACUUUCUGUGGCAUUUAUUGACACACGACUACGCUGUGCUGCACCAGAGAGCUUCUCAGGGGUGCUGUUCAGCGAUGCGGAGCUGCGGCAGUGUCAGCUCCCACGUAUCCACACGGCAGUGGCACGAGUCCGGAGCGCUGUUGGGAACAAUGUUCUGCUCCGUUGUGGGACCAUUGGAGUACCGGUACCAGAUCUGACGUGGCGCAGGGCAGAUGGACAAAUGCUUAAUGGAACAGUCCAACAGGAAACAUCUAAGGAAGGAAUCACCUGGUCCAUCCUCAGUGUCCCAGCUGUGUCCUAUCGCGAUACAGGGAAAUUCAUCUGCAAGGCAUCCAAUUACGCAGGCAACGCAGAGGCCGUCAUUUCUCUGGUUGUCUCUAACCCACCAAGACCAGAAGGGAACCAAACAAACACAGACAAGAAGGCCAAAGUUAAGAAGCCAAACCCAGUGGGUAAAGCAGCCUACCAGGAAAAGCUGGUGGCUAGAUAUGUAGUUCCGACCUCCACCCCAUCAGUUUUGGCUGCUAUGAAUUCUGGCAUGUUACCUGCUGCUGGUCCUGAUCCUGAGCAGCUCACUUACACCCUAACUGAUGGAGCCACCCAGGAUCCCUCCACCUCCUCCAACUCUGAUGCACUACUGGAUCUGGAGAAGACUAAUCUCAGCAACCUGGCGGCCAACACUUCAUCCCUACAACAGGACCCUGACAGGGUGGUCCGCUCUGUGAAGGUGGUGGGUGACACAGACAAUACGAUAUCGCUGAACUGGAGAGCACCUAAAGCAAAGAACACAACCGCUUUCAGUGUGCUGUAUGCUGUGUUUGGAGAGCGGGACAUGAGAAAGAUCAACGUUGGAGCGGGACAAACCCGUGUAACUAUAGAUGGGUUGGUGCCCAGGACCAAGUAUAUUGCCUGUGUGUGCGUGAAAGGGCUGAUUCCCAGGAAAGAACAGUGUGUGAUAUUUUCCACCGAUGAAGCAGCUAGUGCAACAGGCACCCAAAAGCUGAUCAACGUGAUUGUGAUCACCGUGGCCUGUGUCAUUGCAGUCCCACUCACUGUCAUUGUCUGCUGCGGGGCCCUGAAGAGACGCAUUAAAAAGUACUGGGGAAAGAAAUCCAAAGACAUCCAAGACUCAUACGUGACUUUUGAAACACUAUCCCCCGCCACAAAGGCCAAAGGGCUCGAGGGCGAGUACUUAAACAGAUUGAACCAAGAGGAGUCCAACAGGCUGCUGUCAGCACGCUCCAGCCUGGACUCUGAGUCAACAGCAAAGAUUGAGGGACAGCCUAACGAGUACUUCUGCUGACGUCAUGCUCCAGCUCCGGCUCAACGCCAUCUUCCUCGCACUCACCCGCAUCCGCGCAACAGUCCGAAGCAAAACGCCCAUCCGCACCAUUCUCAGCGCUGCCCGCAUCUCCAGCCACGUCCGCAUUCCCAGCACUGCCCCCAUUCUCGUCCUACACAACAUCCUGACGUCAGUCCCCCUCCCACAUGCUCUCAUACACCCACGCCGUGGGAUUCCCCUCCACCAGUCCCUCCUCGCUGGAUAGUGCCACCAACUCCACCGCCGCAGAGACCCAACUUCUGUCAAAGGACUUUUGCACGAUGCACAAUCAUGGAAAUAUCAGUUUAAUGAAACUGGAUAGUUCUGUGAGUUUUUAUUCUACCUGCAGAUGCUCAGUAGACUGUUUUGCAGCUGUCCAUCUAUAAAUAGCAAGACUUACUUUUACUUGCAGAGCAAUGUUUGCAUCACAAAGUCUGUAAGGAAAUAAAGUAACAUUUGGAGCACGACCCAGCGAUAAACCCUUUUUCAACCUAAUCUGAUUUAAAGGGAACACAAUGGUACACAUUCCAUUGUUUAUAUCAUAAUAUAUGUAUGUGUAUGAUUUGUAAAUAUGUAUUGAACAAUGUACACUUACAUAUACGGUUAUUUCCUUGCCUCUGUAUGUAUCUGUCAUUAGUUCACAGAGAAGAUAUACACAUAGGCCUGGUUCAACACUGGUGAACGGAGGGCAGCUGGAGCUGGAGAGAAGUACAAAAAAGACUGAACUAUGACACAGUGUCAGUAAGAUGGAAAUGAAAAGUUAAAUUAUUUUUAUUCCCCCACAAUAGGAAACAUAAGAGAAUCUAUGUAUCAUUUAAUGCCAUUUAGAGGCAUCAGUACCCUCAUUUAAUGUAGAUCUGCUCAUUCCAAUCAUACCACACAUUUAAAGACGAUUAAAAAAACUUUUGUAUAAAUUUAUCUGAUAUUGUGUGUUUAUACUAGUUACUUAGCCUCAGUAUGAUAAUUAUUGUAUUAUUUUCAUGUAUUUCAGCUCAGCUUAUAUUUUGUAUAUACUGUAUUUUUUUGUUCUCAAAGCUUAAAAUGUAGCAACUCUUGACUAUUUAGUUCUCUCUUCAGGGGCUUUCAAGCAAUAUUUUUUUAUCUCUAUUCCUACCUUGUAAAAACAAUCUAGCAGAUAUUAAUCCUCCUGACAUUGUCUGGCAAAGAUUUUUCAUCUCGGUAGUGCAAAAACAUCCAAAGGUCAACUUUCAAUAAACAUAAAAACUGA